AUAAUCCAUUUCAGUCAGUAACGUUGAGAAAUGGUCACCGUUCAUUUGACUUCGCUUCUGCUUGGAUUGUUAAUAUUGGUGGAAGCUCAAACUCGAAAAUCACCAAAACCUACGUUCAAACCACCACAGGGUCCGAAAAUACCAGAAUCUCCGUUUAACCAACUUAAAUUACCUCUAAGUCUAGGUUUAGGAUUCGAUGGCUUUUGGGGAGGACGGAGAGGAGGAAGCAGACGAGAACUUUGGGGAGCGGGACCAAGAGGAGGAAGUGGGACAGGGGGCGGGGUUGGAGGCGGAGGCAGAAAAGCACUGACUUUUCAGAAAGUUGUGGAGUAAAUAUUUCAAAAACUGGAGUAACGAACACUAUGCAUCACUGUGUAAAAAAGAAUGUUAAAUCAUUAUUCAAAAGCCAUUUAGAAAUAAAAUAAAAAAGAAAACCCUAAAUGCAAAC